AUGACAACAAAUCUUGAAACAAAUCAAGUUGAAUAUUUUGUUCAAAACCCAGCUUCAGAAGCUAUUGUUAUGAAGAGUUAUACCAAGUUAUCAGAGUGUGGAUGGAGACAAUACAUGAUUGGAAAAAUAGGAGAGGACCUUAGGACACUUACUGAAAGUGGAGUUCAUCCAGAACGUUUGACAGAACAAAAAUUAGAAGAAAUAGUUCAGAAACAUUUAGAUGAUUUUCCACCAGAAAUAAUGAAUGAACUAAUGAGUGAUAUUAUUGGCUUUUAUGAAAAAGCUUAA